ACCAUUGAUCUCCAUUAGUGAGGGGACGCACGUGGCCGGUUGUUCUGUCCGAGACCUCUGAGAAUUCUUUGCAUUUUUAAAACAUUCUUUUGAGAAAUAUGCUAUUUUUGCAAAAGAAUUAUUAUUUAAUUCGGAUAUAUUGAAUUUGUGCCAUGUUUCAUAAGCUUCUUUUUGCUUAUUUUAUGGAAAUUGUGACGCCAAAGAACUUGAAAUAUUUCUCAGCGAAUGCGAUGGCCACCUCAUUGACUGAAAUGAAUCAAAGGACAUUGCCACCAGCAUUAUUCGACGCGACUCCGUACGAAUAUUCUUUAUUCAGAAUGCAGUUUCUCUCAUUGUUUGUUCUCGGCAUUCCGGGGAUUUUUUCUACGAAGGUUUUAUCCGAAAUUUCAAACAGGUGGAAACGAAACCUUUGCCUGGAAGUCGUUUCAUUUGCUAACUGUUGCUGAACGUUUUGUCGUGCUCCAUGAAUGGCGGAUGUAGGGCCGACCACAUCUUAUGCCGUGUAUCAGCAUGUUUUCACGCUUUAAAGCGGACCGGAGUGGAGGCAGUGGCGGCAUCGGAAGUUACGGAAGUGGCAGCAACGGUGCCGGAGGUGGCGCUGGCGGUUCGUCCCUAUCGCAAAGUUUACUGGAAGGCAAUGCCAUUACGACUUUUUUCGAAAUCGGACGACAAACAGCCACGGCUGGACCCGGAUACCUUUGGAAAGUUCACGACGCCUACCGUAAAAGCGAUGGGAAAGAAGCGUCCGUAUUUCUAUUUGAUAAGCGGACGGCCGACAAGUUGCACAAACCGCGCCGGAAGGAAACAAUUUCCGAGAUGUUGAGACACGGCGUCCGCCAGUUGGAGCGCUGCCGUCAUCCGCGGCUGCUUCACGUUUUGCAUUCGGUCGAGGAGACGAGCGACACGUUGGCUUUCGCCACCGAGCCCGUCUCGACGUCCCUGGGCAACGUCCUGGCCGCUAUCGAGGACGGAGCGGAAAUUCAGCAACCGUCGGGCAGCAGCAAUACGAUAACCGUUGCCGAAACGUACAACGGAAGUCGACGCAACAGCGCCAGAGACAUUCGACCGAACGACGUCCAGUCCUUUCUCGACAUUGAAAUCAAAUACGGCAUUUAUCAGUUGAUAGAGGCGCUGAGCUUCCUGCACAUGACAGCACACCUGUUACACCGCAAUGUCUGCCCAGGCUCAGUCCUCGUCACUCGACGAGGCACGUGGAAAUUGGCAGGUCUCGAGUUUGCAGAACGGAUGAACGAACAGGAUGGAUCCGAAUCGCUGACCGUCCAGCGAUGGACGUCACGGAUUGCCAAAAUGGCUCAACCCGAUUUAGAUUUUAUAGCGCCGGAAGUGCAAACACAUUCGACCGUCAGCGCUGCCAGCGACAUGUUUUCACUGGGCCUGGUGGUAGCGGCCAUCUUCAAUCGAGGUCGGCCUCUCAUUCAGGCCAAUCACAGCAAUCCCAAUUACACGAAGCAAAUGGAAGUGUUAAAUGAUCAACUUCGAAAUGUGCUUCCAUCCCUGCCGGUGGGUCUACAAGAAGCGCUGAUUCGACUAUUGAGUCGCGACGCACGUAAACGGCCCAACGCUCAGCUCCUGUCGUCUAUCAAAUUCUUCAGCGAUCCUGCUGUGCACGCGCUCCAAUUCCUCGACGUCAUCAACAUGAAAGAUCCAGGACAAAAGUCGCAGUUUUAUCGGACCACUCUCAAAGAUAUUUUGCCAUCGAUUCCGAAAAAACUUUGGUUCCAACACGUCUGGCCCAGUUUGCAACAGGAACUUCGAACGCAGGAAGUUUUGGCGGCUGCCCUGCAACCAAUAUUGCUCAUGAUCCAGGAAAUCUCACCUGAUGAAUAUCAACUGCACAUAAUGCCCACAAUCAGGCAGAUCCUGGGCGUUCCGAAAUCGAUCCAGGCCAGCGUGACGCUUCUCGAAAACUUGCACAUUAUUGUUGAGAAAACGCCGGUAGAGGACCUGCAGGCUGAAAUCUUUCCCAUGCUAUUCUCGUCUUACGAGUCGACCACUUUACAAGUCCAGAGCGCAGCGCUAGUGGCCGUAACCAACAUCGCUGCGUCGCUAGACGACCAGAUGAUCCGCAAAAUGGUUUUACCCAAGACAAAGACGGUGUUUGAACGCAAUUCCGGCGACCUGAAGUUGACGUUGAAUGUGCUGGCGUGUCUGGCUCAGGUCAUUGAUCGUCUGGACAAGUCGGCCAUCAUCGACGAGGUCCUACCGCUCCUGUGGGACGUCAAGCUGCAAGAUCCCGAAAUCAUCCAAGAAGUCGUCAGUAUUUACCAACGGAUGAUCAGUAACAAGAAGAACGGACUGUCGGUCAGUCUAAUGGCCACAAGAGUCAUGCCAUCUCUUUUACCACAAACUAUGAAUCCUUCGCUCAGCCUGGAACAGUUUUCCAAUCUUCUCGAGGUCCUCCAGGAAAUGCUCGACCACAUUGACAGGCAUCAACGUAAUAAGCUCAAGUUGGACAACCUGUCGCUGGGGACGAGUCCUGAGCGGAUGCGGCCCUUACGGCAUCAGCACAGCACGGACAACAUGCACGCCGUCAACAACUUCAACAUCCCAUUCGUCAAAGUCGAGCAGCGUAAAACGUGCAGCGAAGAAAACAUGAUCAAGACCCAUUCGUCCAAUUCAGGACCUGGCUCGCCGGAUAGCAAUUACCUACGAGUAGCCCAAUCUCUGGCUGGUCGUCGACUCUCAGACAACAGCAAUUCCGGCAAUCGUGGACGUCCCGCCCCUUCGUCUAGCAUCCACCUGUCGCCAGCGACGUGUCUUUCGGUUGGAUCGUUGCCGACUCGUCGCCAUUCCAGCAUCGGAUCCACCGAUCGAAGACCCUCCACUGCCAAUCUCUUACCUCCUUCGAGCGGAGGACCGAACGGCAGUACGAGCGUGCCAAUGCUGAGUACUGGCUCCAUCUCAUCAUUCAGUGGGCUAAGCGGCUUGACAAGCCGACGGCCAUCCAUGUGUCCGCCUACCUUCAUUACGGGAAAUAGGACAACGGAAAGCGGAUCGUCCAUCCUCCAGCAAAUUGGAUCCGGCGUGUAUCAACUUUUUUCCGGCAAGUGAACAUCCAUCACAUUUGUUAGGAAUUUCCCAGCUUCUUUCUGUCGACUUCUGCUGGAUUUUUUUUUUGGUUUUCAGCAACGAGCCCCUUCAGUUGAAAAACAUCCAGCUGUACAGAUGAACACUGUCUACCUACAAAAGUAUUUUCUUUUGCUACAAAACAUUAGAUAGAAUCGUUUCUUUCCCGAACGUUCGCGAUUGAUUGACCAUGGCGGUGAAAACUGCUUAUUUUUAAUGCACCGACAUUAACUUCACAGAAAAGACUUUAAAAGAACAUUGUUUAUAAACAACAUUAUAUUUUCGUCUUUAAUUGGUCGUCUUGGACCUGUUGUAUAUGCGUAAUAUUUUGUCUUGUGCCCUCCUCGAUAAACUACAAAAAAUUUCUCAUUCAAAACCUUUCCGACAUGAUGUAUUCAAAUACCUUUUCUUAUAUCGCCCAUGUACACGAAAGUGGUCAAAAUAAACACAAAACAAGUGUUCAUAUA